CAGAGCCGAGCAAAACACUCACAGAGCAAUCAGAGACGUAUUCCUAAGAAGAAGAAGAACAAGACGAAGAGCCCCCCAAAAAAUGCGACCUCAGUACCAACCCACCAAACCUAUCAACAACAGCAACAACAAGAAGCUCUACUUCUUCUACGGCCACCGCAAGCCCUCCCAGAACCGUCCCACCGUCCGCGGCGGGCUUUUCUCGAACCGUCAAAUUCUAAACCCCAAUCGCAAUCCCAAUCCCAAUCCCAACCCCCAAUUUGAUCUCCAAAAAUGGGACCCAGACUCCCCCACAAGCCUCUCAACCCCACCCACAAAAACCCCAUCUGAGAAAUUCUUCUCCGUAGCCCAAAAUCUCUCUCCCGUCGCUCGCUACAUCGUAGAUUCAUUCCGGAAGCACAAGAAUUGGGGUUCCCCCAUUGUUGCAGACCUCAACAAGCUUCGCCGUGUGACCCCCAAUCUGGUGGCCGAGGUCCUCAAAGUCCAGUCUGAUCCCAGACUCUCUUCCAAGUUCUUCCACUGGGCUGGUAAGCAAAAGGGUUAUGCUCAUGAUUUUUAUUGCUAUAAUGCAUUUGCUUACUGUUUGAACCGCAACAAUCAGUUCCGGGCAGCUGAUCAGGUCCCUGAGUUGAUGCACUUGCAGGGUAAGCCUCCCACUGAGAAACAAUUUGAAAUUCUUAUUAGAAUGCACUCUGAUGCUAAUAGGGGUCUCAGGGUGUACUAUGUGUAUGAGAAAAUGAAGAAAUUUGGGCUGAAACCCAGGGUUUUUUUGUAUAAUAGGAUAAUGGAUGCGCUUGUGAAAACGGGUCAUUUGGAUUUGGCAAUGUCGGUUUAUGGUGAUUUUAAGGAAGAUGGGUUUGUGGAGGAAAGUGUUACUUUCAUGAUUUUAGUUAAGGGUUUGUGUAAGGCAGGGCAGAUAGAUGAAGUUUUGGAGCUUUUGAGCCGAAUGAGGAGGAACUUGUGCAAACCGGAUGUUUUUGCAUACACGGCAAUGGUUCGUGUGUUGGUUGCAGAGGGGAAUUUAGAUGGUUGCUUGAGGGUUUGGGAGGAAAUGAGAAGGGAUCAGGUGGAGCCAGAUAUUAUGGCUUAUGCUACUCUGGUUACCGGGUUAUGCAAAGGGAGACAGGUUGAGAAAGGUUAUGAACUGUUCAAAGAGAUGAAAGCGAAGGGGUGUUUGAUAGAUCGGGCUAUCUAUGCAUCAUUGAUUGAGGCAUUUGUGGCAGAUGGGAAGGUUGGUUCAGCUUGUGAUUUGUUGAAGGAUUUGAUGGACUCUGGUUAUAGGGCUGAUUUGUCGAUAUACAAUUCUCUCAUUGAAGGCUUGUGUAACCUGAACCAUGUUGACAAGGCUCGUAAACUUUUCCAGGUCACAGUUCAAGAGGGUCUCGAGCCAGACUUCGUGACUGUGAAUCCCAUGAUGUUGUCUUAUGUUGAAUUGAAAAGAAUGGAUGACUUUUGCAACUUACUUUUGCAGCUGCAGAAUCUGGGUUUUGAAAUCAUUGACUAUCUUUCAAGAUUCUUCUCAUUCAUGGUGAGAAAGGAGGCUAGAAUAAUGAUGGCUUUAAAAUUGUUUGAAGACUUGAAGGUGAAAGAUUAUUGCAGUGUUUCAAUUUACAAUAUUCUUAUGGAGGCUCUCCACAAGGUUGGAGAGGUGAAUAAGGCAUUAUCACUCUUUCAUGAAUUAAAUGAUUCAAAAUUUGAACCUGAUUCAUCAACUUACAGCAAUGCAAUUACAUGUUUGGUUGAAGUUGGAGAUAUCCAAGAAGCAUGUACGUGCUAUAAUAAAAUAAAAGAGAUGUCUUCAGUUCCCUCUAUUGCUGCCUAUUGUUCACUUGUUAAAGGGCUCUGCGAAAUUGGAGAGGUCGAUGCAGCUAUGAUGCUAAUUCGUGACUGCUUAGCAAAUGUUCCUAGCGGGCCCAUGCAAUUUAAGUAUAUUCUUACCAUUCUUCAUGUUUGUAAAUCAAAUGAUGCUGAGAAGGUGAUCGAAGUUCUAAAUGAGAUGAUGGAAAUAGGUUAUCCUCCUGAUGUUAUUUUAUAUUCUGCUAUUAUCUCCGGCAUGUGCAAGCAUGGAACACUGGAGGAGGCAAGAAAAGUGUUCUCAAACAUGAGAGAGCGCAAGUUUCUAAGUGAAGCUGAUUUGAUUAUUUAUGAUGACAAACUAAUUGAGCACAUGAAGAAGAAAACGGCAGACUUGGUGCUGUUAGGAUUAAAGUUUUUCGGUCUGGAAUCCAAAUUGAAAGCAAAAGGUUGUACACUUCUGCCGACUUGAGAACGCGUAGUUAGGUACUGACCCAUUGAUUUUUGUUGCUGGUUUUUGUAGGUUGAUUUGAAUCUCUGUAGGAUUCAAAUGGCAGAUGCAAUCAUGUAAUGCUUGAGGCUUCGGCUAUUGAUCCAAAGCUUCUGCAGAAUCAGAAGUGGUAGUGACUAUGGCCAAGAUUCUUUUUGUAUCCGUCCAAAGGCAUGUGGAUCAAUUCAUGGUCAAUGUUUGUCAAAUUUUGAAGUAUACUACAACAAAGAUGCUAAAGGUUGAAUAGAGGAAAAUGCCUUUCUUAUACAAGGUUUGGAUGUAAUGAAGAGCAAUGCCGACAUAUUGAAGAUGCUUCCCCUUUGUUGUGGAGCAAUCAUGGCACCAUAGCAGUAUCUGGUGAUUUGUGAGUGCCUCUCACUCACAUGCGUGACUGUUGAAACGGGGGUUCAUAGUCUGGGCGCCGACCUUUCAUAUCCCAUUCAGUUGAAGUUCAUUUGGCUUUUCCAUGAAUAUGUCUUUUGAAGUACUGGGAUUCAUGGUUAAGAACAUUUCCUCACUCCAAGCCAUAUUGUUGCUUGAUUUCCGAUCCCAAACUCCAAGUUCACAAGAUUCUGUUUGAGUUAUAUCAAAAGAUUAAAUUUGCGUCUAAAUGCUCCAUUCUUCAUGCUAAGUCAAGCAGUGUUCAAUAAUCCGUGCAAGCAACAUGGUUUUGUGCCAUUCUCGUUCGGUCCUGCUGGUGUCUAAGAAAUGUAUGAACUUACUCUAAACAAGCUUGAACAAUUAUUUUGGCAUAACCAAUUUUAGAAGCUGCAGAAAAUUUUCUUUAUUGGUCAGUGAGAUUGACCUAGUGAAAUGAAUCACUACACAAUUGUCUUAUUGGUCAAACUUCAGCAAGACUGAUGUGCUUUUUAUUCUCUUUUUAUUCUUCCCUUCGCUAAUAAUGCUCUGUUCAAUGGUAGAUUCCUAUGCACAUCAAUGAAUACAUGCAGAUAUGACUAUUCUCUUGA